AUGGCCGGCGAACCGGAAAAAGACGUUGACCAAAGCCAAGCCGAGUCUUCUGGCGGAAAUCAGGAAAUGUCGGCCGUUAUGGAGAUCCUCGAAGAUUGUGGCAUCGAGGAGUAUGAUCAACGGGUUAUCGGAAUCUUGACUGAUGUUGGUUUUUUUCAUUUAUUGUAAAAAAUGUGAUUAAUUGAGCUUGACGACAAGUUUGAACUACUGAGAAUAGGGCUUUUCGGAUUUGAAUUUUUUUUUCUUUCAUGAAAUUUUUUUUAUAGUAUUUUUUUAAACUUUGUAUUUAGGUUUUGUUCUAUAUCUUGUAUAGUUGUUACAAGAAUUAUAAACAAUUUUUGAAAGUUUUCAAGGCGAACAGCUUUUUUUGGUGAUUCAAAAAAAUUUUUGAGCCUUCAACACUUUCCGAAAAAAAAUAUUAUAACAAACUAUGGAUUUUUUUAUAAGAAACUUAGGAACUAGAAGCCGUUGCUCUUUAUUUUUUUCUAAAGUUAAAUAAAUUCUGUCUUUGAAAUGAACAUUUUCGCGCUUUGAAAUAAAAAAACAGUUUUUUUCGAGAACUGAAAUUUCAAAAAAAGGAAUUUUUUUCAUAAACCAAUUUUGAUAACUGUAAUUUUUAUAAAAAACCAUCUCAGGUUUUUUUUUCGAAAAGUUAAAAUGAAAUUUCAAAAAAAAAUUCGAUCAAUUGUAGAGAAUUUGUUGGGGAACUCACAAACCCGAAUUUUUCAGUGGUUCGGUUUUUAUUUUUCAUGUUCAGAUUUAUCCAGUUUAUUUUUUUGAAACAUGAAUUCAUCAAAUGUUGUAUUUUAUAACCUACUAUCGUUUUUUUGCAGUUAUUUUUGAGAAACCUUUGGAACAUACGCUUCAGAAAUGAUUGAUAACUUAUAUUUUGUAGGAAGUUUCGUUUCUUCCAGUUCAAACUUUUUUUAAUAUAAUUUUUUUCUCCCUGUUGAUACAUAUUAUUUGAAGGCCCAAGUAGCAUGUGCCACCCGGAUAAUGGAAAUGGUCGACGCCAUCACAAAACACGAAAAUAAACCGCAGGCCGAUGUGAACGAUGUCCAGACGGCGGUCGAGAUUUUAGGUUGGUUCAGUGAAAAUAAUGAAGAUUUUGUAAUAACUUUUGAUGGAGAUUUUGUUUAUUGCCUUUUUUUGAAUUGUCCUCUUGAUUCUUUCAUUUAUUUUCCUGGCCUUUAAAUUUUUUUUAUUUUUUUUUUCUUUACAUAUCCUGAUUUUUAGUCGUUUUCUCAGAAUUUAUGAAUUUUUUUUUUUAAUUUCUCUAUGUAGCCUUUUUUUAGUUUCUUUUUUUAAACUUGACUUUUCCUUUUCCAUUUACCUUCAAAAAAAAACCAUAAAAGGGGAAAAUUCGAAAAGAAAAUAGUGUGUAUUGCUUCAAUUUUUUUAAAAUUUACCUUCUGCUUGAUUCAUUUUACUGAUCCUUAUGUAUGUGAUUUCUGGUCGUUUUUUUCUCAGAAAUUUUUUUCUUGGAAAAAGUUUAUUCAACUUCUCAUUCUUUCUACAAAAGUCUUAAUAGAUUAUUUUUUUGAAAAUCAGCUUUUUCAUUCAUAUUCAAAAAAAUAACCAUAAAACGACGAUUUUUUUAACAUCCUCUCUGAAAGGAAUAAGUAUUUUUUUCUAUUUUUUUGGGAGCUUUUUCCGAAUUUUUACAAUGUUUUUUUUUUCAGAGAAACAUUGAAUAUACUAUUUCCAGUUCUUCCUUGAAAUUUUUCAUUUUAAGGAAAAUCCAAACCCUUAUUUUUUUAAAUCGAAUAGUAUCAUCGCCGAAAGUAUGAGCCAAUACUUUUUCCAGGACUCUUCAAAAAUAAUCUUCCGGAUCGACAGAGGCAAAUCCAGUUGGGAGCUGAGCGAAAUGCCCAGGCUUUGCCGACAAUUCGACACAAUUUCGGAUUGAAAUUGCCCAAUGACAGGUUUGUAACUAAAUCGUCAAGAGAAAAAAAUUAUAAAAUAUACAAAAAAAUCAGAUUUUAAUUCAACGUAAAUUGUAAUCAAGCUUUUUUUAAAAUCUAUUAUAUGAUCCUCUAAAACUAAUUCAAAAAAAAAUGAAGAUUUUAUGCAUAGAACAACAAGGUUCAUGAAAAUUUCUAUUUUUGACAAUAUUGAGGUUUUUCACUAUGAGAGCUUUGUAGUGCGGGAAAAUGAAUCGAUUAUCAAAUUAAAAAAAUAAAAUGCAGAUUCUGUCAGCUUCAACCGAACAUCGAUCUGCGCACGAAUGAUAUGGAGAGGUGAUUUUUUUAGAUAAAUCGAGAAAAGGGAGUUUAAAAAAAGGCUUCUUACAUAUUGAGCUUUAAAGUUAUGGCAAAAAAAUUGUUAUUUUAAAUUUUUUUCCAGUAAGAAAUUUUUUUUCAAAGAGUUGGGGCAUUUCGCCAAGUUUUUUCCCUUUAUUAAUUCAUGACCCUUAUUUUUAGAAAGUUAAUAUUAACUUUAUAGUGAAAUUUCUUAUAUAAAAAAAAAUUUUUUUAAAGAAGCAUGAACAAUUUUCAAUAAAGGUCUUGAAGCGAGGAGCUAUCCUCAGUUUUAUUUUAUUUUAUUAUCAUCAGUUUUUUAAGGAAAUUUCACAUAUUAACCACAAACAAAUUGUGUUUUUUUAAAGGAGCAUGAACGAUUUCCAAUGAAGGUCUUGAAGCGAAAAGCUUUCAAAUAUAUUUUAGCGCUUUAUUUGAAUAAUUUAAACUUCCGGAAAAAGUCAAAAAAAUUAUAUAUAUAUAUUUUUUUAAAAAGAAGUAUAAACAAUUUUUCAAUAAAGGUCUUGAAGCGAGGAGCUAUUCUCAGUUUCCUUUCAGGCCAUUUUUGAAUAGUUUGAAUUUCCUGAAAAGUCAAAAAUUACAUUUUGAUCGCGCUUGUAUAGCUGAUUCACGGCUGGCUUGAGCCAUCGAGAAAAGGAUCCUGCCACGAAAAUAAACGAGACAGUGCCCUGGUUGGUGGAGAGUGCAGACAGGUCACGCCUUUUUGCGUCCCAAGCUAGCCGUGAAUCAUCUAUAUGUUUAUCGCGUUUUCCUUAACACAAUCCUUUUUGACACUAUUUAGAAACGUUAAUCAACAAUCUUUCCGUUUUACAGAAUACCCCAAAACAUGAUGAUGUCGAUGGACGAAGGUCCUCUGGAGGAAGAACCUCUGGCCGUCCUCCGACCCGAACACGUUCAGAAUCUUCUCCAGCGUCAGCCGAACGACGAUUUCGAUUCGUAA